CACCGGGAAUUAGGCGCUCCCGAUCCCGUGCAAGAGAGCACACAGGUUCCUGAGAGAGGCCACAGGUUCUCCCGUGUGCUGAAUCAGUUUUCUAAUCAGAAGGGAAGGGUCCCAUCUGCUGGAGACUUAGCUCAAUCCUGGGGUUUCUGGCUAUUGAGGGAAGGCUGUGUGAGCUCAGUGAGGGGCAGGAAGACCGCUCAGCUCUCAGUGGCAGGCGGUGCAGGCAAGCAAGGGCGGAGAAGCCUCAUUUAGUGCUGCCAAAUCUCAACCUGGGCCCCAGGUGCUGGGCUCCAGGAGUGCUGCCUCCGAUUGCCAAGGUGUUCUCGGGAAACUGGGGCUAGAGAGCCGGUCCAGCGUGGGGAUCCUCAUCCUCCCUCCAUGCAACGUACCUGUCCUAGGCUGCAGACCCACAUUCUUGGGGAACCCUCUUCUCGGGGACCGGUCCAGACUGGGCUGCCUCUGCUCCCUGCCGCUGCCGCGCCUGCCUUGCUACGAUCCCACCAGUACCAUGGAGGAAUUCUCCCCUUGCCCGCCCGCUCUGGGCGACUUUGACUCCGGAAUAUCUGGUCUGGCGCCUUUUGGGUGAGCUCAGAGAGGAACCGGUCUCCUUACCGGUCCGAGAUUACCCGAGAAAAGAAGAUCCCCUUGUCCCAGAGCUGCAAAUCGAUUUUUUUUUCCGUCAGCGUCUUCGUCCUCCGCCCCUUCCUCCUUGCCUCUGGGUUUGUUUAUAUAGCAUCUGGCAGACGGGGGACAGUGCCCACCCUCGCCUGGCGACUCGCCCUCCCUUCCUGGCCUCUAGGCUCCCGCACGUGGUAGGCACCAAUAUCGUUGCCAGCAGGCAAGCUACAGCCAGCGGGAGGCGGACGCCUGGGUGCCAGCGCCACGCGCGUUCUCGCCAUCCCUCACUCAUCUUCCGCGCGCCCUCUCCCACUUGCCUCUAAAGCCGGGUCACACUUGGCAUUUGCCGCCAGCCAUCCAUCCCUUGACGUGAAGAGGAGAUCGGAAAGGAAAUACCGCCCUGGAGGUGCUGGUGAUGCUUCGCUGGGUUCGCUCAGUUGCUGGAAAAGAAUGGUAACAUGAACAGUAGAGCGUGAGAGCGUCGGCAGAGGAAGGGGACGAGAUUGAUGGGCGGAGAGCACACUUCUCGGAGGAUCUCCUUCCCUGGACUGCACGAGGAAGGGUCGUCUUUGCGCCUGCACUUCCUGGCUGGACUCAGCGACAUCUGUAGCCUCCUUUCACAAGGUUCCCAGGUCCCCUAGAUGCUGCCUGCUGAGGAGUGGUCUGACAGCGCAUGAGGAUUCAGGAGUUUGUGAACCCUUAUUCAAACAUAGUUCUGACCUGGCUAUGGUGGUCCUGGAUCCUGCCUGGCAAGCUGGCUCCAGAGGGAGUUGAACUUGAGUUCAGGUGGGUUAUCCCAAGUCAAGCAAAGGAAGAGCUGUUAUAGGAAGAUAAGGAAGGUGAUUUUCCAAUGUCAAAAGUGGACACUUAUCUUCCAGACACUUGACUGGACCAAGCCACUCCCUCCCAUUAAGUUCUCGCUCUUAAUCUCCGACUCUACACCCGGACCUCCCACACUAAGGGCGGGGGAUGGUGGGCAAACAGCGACAGAAAAACACCUGCUAUUUACUGAUAUUUCUAGCAUGCUCUUGACUUUCCUAUAACUUAUCAUUACUCUAUGAACCGAUCGUAUUUACUCCACUGCUUUAUAUUAAUGGAGGUCAAUAGACUUAAUGAUUUCCUCAGUUGAGUCAUUUAUUUCUAAGCCAAUAGAUAAUGCCGUCGUCAUAGUUUUCUGGAGAAAAGUAACUGUGCGUUUGUUCUGCAGAUGGCCAACUCCCUCUGAACCCUGCAGAUUGGUGCUGAGCAGGCAACAAAAGUUUGUAGCUUCCCCUCAGGUUCUGGUGCUUCCCAGGAGACAAGAAAGGACUUUCCCAUUACACACAAGAAGCAGGCAGAGACACUUCUCUAACUUUUCUCCACUGUGAGCAUUUGCAAUGAAGAGGAAACAGAAGAGGUUUCUGCAGAUGACUUUGUUAUUCACUGUGGCUUUAAUUUUCCUGCCCAAUAUUGGUCUUUGGUCUUUAUACAAGGAUAAACACCUGGUGAAAUCUGCAGAACCUGCGGACCAUCAGGGACACACAGGAUGUGAAAAGGCAGGAGAACAGCAAGAGGACUCAAGCACUGGAGCGUGCUCUGUGAGAGGAAAGACGUUUCCACUGGGCCUGGGAGAUGGGCAAUUCUAUUCAUGGACAGAUGGUCUGAGAAGAAAAGAUUGGCAUGACUAUGAAAGCAUUCAGAAAGAGGCUUUGCGCUCAGGGAAAGGUGAACAUGGAAAACCAUAUCCCCUUACUGAAGAAUACCAGGAUGACUCAGCUUACAGGGAAAACGGCUUCAAUAUUUUUGUCAGCAACAAAAUUGCUUUAGAGAGGUCUCUGCCAGAUAUCCGUCACGCUAACUGUAAGCACAAGAUGUACCUUGAAAGGCUGCCAAACACCAGCAUCAUUAUCCCAUUUCACAACGAAGGUUGGACCUCUCUCCUGCGGACCAUACACAGUAUAAUUAACCGAACCCCGGAGAGUCUGAUAGAGGAAAUCAUUCUAGUCGACGACUUCAGUGAUAGAGAACACUUGAAGGAGAAGUUAGAAGAUUACAUGGCUCGGUUUUCCAAAGUGAGAAUUGUUCGCACCAAGAAAAGGGAAGGACUCAUCCGGACCCGACUCCUGGGAGCUUCUGUGGCCAGAGGCGAGGUGCUGACCUUCCUGGACUCCCACUGUGAGGUCAAUGUGAACUGGCUGCCCCCGCUCCUCAACCAAAUUGCACUAAACCACAAAACCAUCGUGUGUCCCAUGAUCGAUGUCAUCGACCACAAUCACUUUGGGUAUGAGGCACAAGCUGGGGACGCCAUGCGAGGAGCCUUCGACUGGGAGAUGUACUACAAAAGAAUCCCCAUCCCUCCAGAGCUCCAGAGGGCUGAUCCCAGCGACCCUUUUGAGUCUCCUGUUAUGGCUGGAGGUCUCUUCGCAGUGGAUCGAAAGUGGUUUUGGGAACUGGGUGGCUACGACCCAGGCUUAGAGAUCUGGGGAGGCGAGCAGUAUGAAAUCUCUUUUAAGGUUUGGAUGUGUGGAGGAGAAAUGUUUGACGUUCCAUGCUCUAGAGUCGGCCAUAUCUACAGGAAGUACGUCCCUUACAAAGUUCCUUCUGGGACCAGCCUGGCACGAAACCUGAAGCGUGUGGCUGAGACCUGGAUGGAUGAAUUCGCCGAGUAUAUUUACCAGCGGCGGCCAGAGUACAGGCACCUCUCCACCGGGGACAUCUCUGCUCAGAAGGAGCUGCGCAAGAGACUCAAGUGCAAAGACUUCAAAUGGUUCAUGGCUGCCGUGGCCUGGGACGUGCCUAAGUACUACCCUCCGAUAGAGCCUCUGCCUGCGGCAUGGGGGGAGAUUCGGAACCUGGCAGCAAACUUAUGUGUGGACAGCAAGCAUGGAGCCACGGGGACGGAGCUGAGGCUUGACGUCUGUGUCAAAGAUGGUUCAGAAAGGACGUGGUCUCAUGAGCAGCUCUUUACUUUCGGGUGGAGAGAAGAUAUCCGACCUGGCGAGCCUCUGCACACCCGAAAAUUCUGCUUCGAUGCCAUCUCACACAGCAGCCCGGUCACACUCUAUGACUGUCACGGCAUGAAAGGGAACCAGCUCUGGGGAUACCGGAAGGACAGAACACUAUUUCAUCCUGUAAGCAACAGCUGCAUGGACUGCAACCCUGCAGAGAAGAAGAUUUUCAUGGCCAGAUGUGACCCUCUCUCUGAGACUCAGCAAUGGAUUUUUGAACAUAUCAACAUGACUGUUUUAGAAAAAAAUAGCUACCCUGCCAGCUCCUAGAAAGGAAAGAAGAGCGAUUACCUACAGAUUGGGAACUGUAUUGUCGCGGGCGCCUGGGUCAAAGGAGUCAGGAAUAACGUUUCCUAGAUCCAGGAAGCCUGCUCGAAAGAUGUGUAAACGCCACGUCAACGUAGGCUGUUCGGGAGGAGUUCCUACAUCUGAAAAACUUGGCUGAGAACCACACCAGCUGCUGCUGAGAACUGGAGACUAGCAGUUCCCUUGCUGGCCAAGGGUAAAGAUUAUUUAGGGACUGUUCGCCACGACUGCUGAGUUAAUCGAUCCUAGCAUUUCUCAGGUCAAAUCCUGCAGUAGUGAGUAGCUAUGAAUGGAUCCUAUUAAUCGGGUGGGAGGGGGGCAGAAACAGAGCGCAUGACUGCUCUGGCAACCUGAGGCUACCACAGGCCUAGAACUAGCCACGCUUGAGGGGUGAGCUCUUUGGUGCCAUUCUCUGAGGAGGAAUGGGUUAAGCAGGUUUAACCCUCUAAAGUGCUGCAGAUGAUUUUAGAGUGCUCAUCCCAUUCUCUUUUCUUUUGUCUUCUCUUCGCACAAGGGUACACGGCAUCUGAGACGCACAUCCCGUGUUCUCAUUCACACCUGCCAUUCUCCUUUCAGGGCCUUUACUCUCUGUCAUGGUUCAGAGGAGUCCAUGUUCCACCAAUCAGAUGACGUUCUAAUUCAGCAUCCUUGGAUGAAUCCAGUUAAAGACAAAACAAACGACAAAAAAGCCACUCUGCUACCCAGUUACUCCAAAGAAAAAUUCACAGAAGCAGCAAAACAACACACACGCGCGCGCGCACACACACGCACACACACGUUAGGGAAGAAAUUUCUCUAGGAAAUCUAUUUUUACUUUUCUAUUAUUUUUAAAUUUUAAAAAGUCUGAUGUCUGUCCAGUUAUAACUUCGAUUAAAGAAGGCAUUGCAGUGGGGUCCAUGUAAUUUGUUUAGUUGGUCUUAAAUAAAUCUUCACUCCAAGUGAUGUGGAAAUGGCUUCAUUCACUUCAGUUUUCUUGAAUCUGGCAAUUUUAAAAGUGGUAUUAUUUAAGUAUUGGUUUUUAAUCUCCCCCAUUCUUGAAAAUAAUGAUGUUGUCUUAUUUGAAAGUCCAGGAAAGGAAUUACUAUUAAUUUUCUAUUUUCUAUUAGUGGGCAGUAUUUCAGGGGUGUGGGAAAAAAAGAAAUAAGUUCAAAAUUAACAUACUCUAGAUGUUUUGGGUACAGGGUGUUCUUACCUUUAUUCUUAUUAUUUUUAAUGUAGUUUCCUUGUUAAUAAAAAUAUAUAUGUUAAGACGAUCUAUAUAUUUGGAGCAUAGAUCACUGAAGUCCAGGACAGGACAAUCCAGAAGAGUCAAUUCCUUUUUGUUGUUGUUUAUCAAUUUUUAUUUUGCUUGAUAUGUUUGGUUUUGUUUCUUUGUUUGUUUUUUAAAAUAAAUAGCAAAAAUCCAGAGAAGCCCAUCUUCUGGUGGAGCUUUUAACCUGGCCUGGGUAAGAAUCCUCUACUUCCUUCAAGACGCCCAACCAUUCGCGAGCCUAAUAUACAAUACCUCUUCUUGAAAAUGCGCACGUUUUUUUCUCUCCUCUAAACCAAAUCAAAAUAUGCAGUCAAACUACCCUGCUAAGGGUCAGGGAGGGGUUGCUUUGGUGUCUUUACCAACUUCUUUCUUCAAGCAUUCUUUUCAAAAAGCUGUUUCUUUUAAAACUGACUGUCACUGAGAUCUUUUGUAUAGGUCAAGGCAUCUUGUAAUAGUCAAGAUGCAUAGCGGAGAAAAUCAAUAGUGAGAAAUUAACCUGUGUGUUGAACACUUCUAAGGAGUGGGUGAAGAUUUAUCUCAAAUGUUCAGAGAGUAAUCUGGCUGGAGAGUUAGACGAGCCUAUACAAAUUCACAUUAUGUCAUUAAAUAGUUGGCUGCUAUUUACAAUCGGACCAAAGAGACCACAGCCUGGAAAGCCCAGCUUUGUAAUAAUCUCUUAGGAUGUUAGAGGCAUGGCUGGUUAGCCAGGGCCUACCCUAAGUAUUGCAGCAUUUUCAUGGGAUACACAG